UUAAAUAAUUUAAAUUCAAGUGCCUCAAUAAGUGUCUGUCUAUUGUGUUACAAAUAAAUUUGCGUUUUUUGCUUUUAAUUUUGAUAAUUUGUUAACAACCCAUACUUCAAAUUUUAUUGAAUAUAAAAAGAAAAAUAAAGCAGGCAAAAUGGCUUAUUUAACUGCCAUAUGCCUGUGCACUAAAUGAGUUCAGACGAACCGCAAAUCAAAUACCAAGAAGUAAGUCCAUUUCAAAUAAGUGAAGGAUUUACACCUACACGUAGUAAUAAAAUGGAACCUGUUAAAACUGGACGUAUUUUUAUGGCCGCUGUAGCGGCCAAUUUAUCUGCUUUUGCGGUGGGUACUUGUUUAGGCUGGACCUCACCCAUUGCGCCGAAAUUAAAAUCAGACGACACUUCUGAUUCUCCAUUGGAUCAUAAAAUUGAUGCCUCAGAUGAUGCUUGGAUUGCUUCCAUUGUGGCUUUGGGUGCUUUAGUUGCUCCCUUUGUCGCUGGCCCUUUGGCUGAUAAGAUCGGUCGCAAAUGGGUGUUACUUUCCAGUUCAGUAUUUUUUGUGAUUGCGUAUGUGCUCAUGAUGAUUGGUGGAGCAGUUUGGGUAUUACUAUUGGCACGUUUGAUACAGGGUUUUGGUGUGGGCUUUGUUAUGACGGCCCAGCCAAUGUAUGUGGGUGAAAUUGCAACGGAUAGUGUUAGAGGUGCCACCGGUUCGCUCAUGCAAUUGUUUAUUGUGGGUGGCAUUCUUUAUGUGUACGCUAUUGGUCCGUAUGUCUCAUAUCAGGCCUUGCAAUGGUGUUGCAUUGUAGUGCCCAUUGUUUUCGAUGUGGUCUUCUUCUUUAUGCCUGAAAGUCCUUAUUAUUAUGCUGGUAAAGGUCGUAAAUCGGAUGCUCUAAAAUCGUUACAAUUCUUGAGAGGGCAAUCCGCCGAGGGCGUACAGGACGAAAUGGCCACUAUUCAGGCUGUGGUCGAAGAAUCUAUGGCUAAUAAAGGAACUAUGAUUGAUAUCAUUAAAAAUCCCGGUAAUCGUAAGGCUUUGAUCAUCUCUGCUGGUCUUAUAGCCUUCCAGCAGUUGUCCGGUAUUAACGUGGUGCUGUUUAACUCACAGUCUAUAUUCGAAAGUGCCAACACUGGCUUGGACCCUGCUAUUGCUACGAUUAUUGUUGGUGCCGUCCAGGUGGCUUCGUCGGGCCUAACACCCAUUAUUGCUGAUCGUUUGGGUCGCAAAGUUAUUUUACUGACUUCGGCCGGUGUCAUGAGUAUUGGUUUGGCCGCCUUGGGUGCCUUCUUCUACGUUCAACUGGUUGUGGGUGAUACAUCCAAUGUUCUAUGGCUGCCCGUUCCCGCCCUGGUCGUAUACAAUAUUGUGUAUUGUGUUGGCUUUGGUCCUCUACCUUGGGCUGUCUUAGGUGAAAUGUUCCCCGCCAAUGUUAAAUCCAUAGCCUCUUCAAUGGUGGCCUCAACAUGUUGGAUAUUGGGUUUCCUGGUCACAUAUUUCUAUCCCUCAUUGGAUGCUAUGGGUUCAUAUUAUGCCUUCUGGCUGUUUGCUAUUUUCUGUGUGUGUGCUUUCUUCUUCACCCUGUUCGUUGUAAUGGAAACUAAAGGCUUAAGUCUGCAAGAGAUUCAAGAUAGACUUAAUGGCAAGAGAGGUUAAGCGCCGCUAAAAAUGUACCAUUGAGCAGGGAGGGAUAAGCGUUAACGUCAUACCGUAAUUAGUAAGAUAAUCAACAUUUGUGUGUGUGUAAUGAGUUUAGCCAGAUAUUUGUUUAAACAUUUUACACGAAACAAAUUAAAAGUAUUCCUUUAAAUGUUUAGUCAAUAACUUUAGUUUUAAUUAUACGAUAUAAAAUGAUUUUAAUAAUGAUUAUGAUUCCUUAAAUAAA